UUUCUUCUUCAUCUCAUUUCAAAACCUCCAAAAAUCAUCUCACUCAGAAAACAAACACAGUAAAAAAAAAUCUCCAAAAAAAGCUUGAGUUUCAUCAACAAUGGCGAGAACAAAACAAACCGCAAGAAAAUCCACCGGUGGAAAAGCACCAAGGAAGCAACUCGCAACAAAAGCUGCUCGUAAAUCUGCUCCAGCUACUGGAGGAGUGAAGAAACCUCAUAGAUUUCGUCCUGGAACUGUUGCUUUACGUGAGAUUCGUAAGUACCAGAAGAGUACUGAACUUCUCAUCAGGAAACUUCCAUUUCAGAGAUUAGUCAGAGAAAUUGCUCAAGAUUUUAAAACUGAUCUUCGUUUUCAGAGUUCUGCUGUUGCUGCUCUUCAAGAAGCUGCUGAAGCUUAUCUUGUUGGAUUGUUUGAGGAUACUAAUUUGUGUGCGAUUCAUGCUAAGAGAGUUACGAUUAUGCCUAAGGAUAUUCAGCUUGCUAGGAGGAUUCGUGGUGAACGUGCUUAGGUUUUGUCAUUUCGUUCAAAUUAGGUUUUUAAUUGUGUGUUUUAGAUGUGAUUAGGAAAGUUAGGGUUUGUGUUUUGGUUACUUUGAUCAUGUAAAAGCUUAGCUUAAAAUCAAUGAAAUUAUGAGUUUAUGCCAAA